AGGCUGACUAGUUGGUCACGAGGAGCCAGGUGGACGGUCUAGAUCUAACCUUACCAUCCCAUCCAUUUACUCUCUUAACUCUCUCCUCUAAUUUUAUUUUUCCUCCAAAAUUCCCUCAUAGUUCCUGGACUCAAGUCUGAUUCCUAGUUCAGUUCAGACGACUCAUCAAACCCGUCAAUUUCAUUUCUUUCUGUAGGGGUGAAACAACAAUUCCAAGGAUCAAUCCAAUUGGUAUAUGCACAUCCGCUAACCCAAGAUCCAAUUCUAUCCCAAAAUCCAAUUUUGGUAGGAGUACUAACAAUAAUCAUUUCAAAAUCUUACAGAAUCCUUCUUGUGGUCAAAUUCCUAACAAAUAUUUCUUUUUCCUUUUUUUUUUUUUACGAAAAUCCUGUCAAAUUAGAUUUCGUUGCUUUGCACCCCUUUUCAAUUUCUGAAGGAUUGAGUUUUAAUUUAUUGAUUUGGUACCGUACGUAGCACGAUUUUUGUUAUUCUUCAUAUAAUUCCGACAUAUACUUGUCGGUGAUUUCAAUUUAAUUUGUGUAAUUAAGGAAAUAAACCCCUUUUAUUAUUUAUGGAAGACGAUUAUAAAGCGGAGCAUCUAGUCAAAGUUGAGGUUCACGAUGUAGAGGAAGGUGAGAUCUCAGAUUCCGCCUCCAUUGAAGAAAUUUCUGAAGAAGAUUUUAAUGCUAAGCAAGCACUACAGCCGUCGCCGCCACCUGCCCCGCCGCUGAAAAGUAGUUUAAAUUCAAGUCAUAUCAAUGUUGUCACCAGUAAUAACAAUAAUAAUAAUAGUAAUAAUAGCGCUGGUGGAGGUGGGGCUAGGGUUUGGACGAUGAAAGAUCUAUACGAAUAUCAGGUUGCUUCGAAGCAUUAUCCGGGUUUGUACAAUUUGGCAUGGGCGCAGGCGGUGAAUAAUAAAUCACUGGAUGAGGUUCUAAUGAUGAAGGAGGAUGGUAACAACGAUAGAAGUAAUGGGGGCAUUAGUGAUACUAGUAGCUCGAAGAGUUCAAAAACGAACGAUAGUAAGGUUGUGAUUGAUGUCGAGGUUGAGGGUGGGAUGGAGGAAGGUGAGUUGGAGGAGGGAGAGAUUGAUUUGGAUUCUGAGUUGGUCGUUCGAAAUAUGGAUUUUAAUGUUGAAACAAAUAGCAAUGAGAAGAGCAGGCGUGUUGAUUCCAUAAAACGAGAGCUUGAGAGUCUGAAUGUGGCUGAUGCAAUAAUAUCAUAUCAUAGAUUGUGUUCAAGUCUGAAGAACACAAUAGUCAGCUUGCAGGAAAUGGUUUUGGAGGGAUCUUUUGCUGAGAAAGACACUCUUGUUCAACUGCUAUUAACUGCAAUACAGACCCUCUAUUCAGUGUUCUCUUCCAUGUCUCCGAAACUCAAAGAGCAGAAUAAACCCAUUUUGUCGAGGUUGUUAGCACGAGUAACAAGCUUGAAGCCACCUCUUUUUUCUCCUCUGCAGUUAGAAAAGGCAGAGGCUAUUAGGUUUUCCAUGGAGUCUUCUGUUGAAUCUUUCAGGAAUGACAGUAAUAAUGGAAGGGAACGAGUAGGUACAGCUGAUCUACAUGUGUUGCUAGAGACUGCUAAUACUGAUUCUAUUGACCUAAGGAAGUGUGAAAUAGAAUCUGGUCCUAGUGGAUCACCGGAUCAAACUGAAUGCAGAUCAAAUUUGGGCCUAGUUAUUUCUAGGCAUAAAGGAGUGACUCGUCCACUGAUAGACCUUCAUAAAGAUCAUGAUGCCGACAGUCUCCCUUCACCCACUCGAGAUCUUUCUGCACCUUUGCCUUUUGACAAGGGAUUCAUUAUGGGGCAUGGUUUGCUAAAACCGGAAUGGCCAGUUCCUGGACGAAAUAUUGAGAGAGAUAAUAUUUUGAUGCAUCCUUAUGAAACUGAUGCUGUCAUAGCUGUUUCCAGUUAUCAGCAGAAAUUUGGUCGAAGUUCGUUUUUUGUGAACGACAAGCUUCCUAGUCCAACUCCUUCGGAAGAUGGUCAGACCAGUGGAGAUGGUGAAAUCAAUGGCGAAGUUUCCAGCUCUAUUAUUCACCAUGUUAACCCUGCUGUGAACAUCUUAACUUCAGUGCAGCCAGUGGUUUCUUCUUCUGUUGCCAUGGAUACUUCAGCGACUCCAGAAAUCAGCAAUAGUCUCCGGAAUCCUGUGUUGAAAUCCACCUCAGCGAAAAGUAGGGACCCUAGGCUUCGAUUGUCCAAUUCUGAUGCAGGAGCCAAGAAUCCCAACAAAAGCCUCUCCGCUGUGGGAAGUGAAGAGUCUAAAUGGGAGUCCUCUGGCAUGGUGAGUUCACGGAAACAGAAGACAAAUGAGGAGUUAGUCCUGAAUGGUCCUGCUCUUAAACGACAAAGAAACGAGUUAUCAGGUCCAAGCACAGCCAUGCCACUUGUAAGUGCGACCUCAACCUCUCAGAUGACUCUACCUGUUAGUGCUCCAAUUAUGUCGCUGUUAACAAGUCAAAGUGAAAAAUUUCCUUCGAAGAAUUCCAAUGCAACUUCUUCUCUUCAUUCUCUACUUAAAGAUAUUGCUGUGGACCCAUCUAUUUGGAUGAAUAUACUCAAAAUGGAAAAUCUCAAGUCUUCAGAUGAUAUCAAAAGUAUGACACAAAUAUCCAACUCGAAUUCUGUUCUAGGAGCAGUUCCAUCGCCAGUUGGAGUUAUGCCUUUGUCCUCAACGAUUGGGCAGAUAUCAGCUGGAACAGUGCAAAUUCCUUCCCAGGCGGUUUCUGUGGAAGAAUCUGGAAAAGUUCGAAUGAAACCUCGUGAUCCACGGCGUGUUCUUCAUAAUAAUGCACCUCAGAAGGAUGUGACUUCAGUAGCUGAUCAACCUAAAGCAGAUGCAUCAUUUGGUUCAGCAAUGAAUACCCCAAAACAGGAAGAUCAGUUGGAGAAUAAAAUGUCUUCCAGUAGCAUGAAACCACCUGAUAUCACUAUGCAAUUUACUAAUAACUUGAGGAACAUUGCUGAUUUAUUGUCUGUAUCUCAAAUAUGUACGACCUCACCGGUACUUGCUCAGAUUCCCUCAUUGCAACCCGCACAGGGUGAUUUAAUAGCUGGAAAGGAGACGAGGGGACCAAUUGCUGAAUAUGGGAACAUAAGAAAUGUAACUGACAUAACAACUUCUGAAGCAGCUACUUCUAGCCCUCCCCGACCACUGAAUGCGAACGCGUGGAGUGAUGUUGAACAUUUGUUUGAGGGCUUUGAUGACCAGCAGAAAGUUGCUAUUCAGAGAGAAAGGGCUAGGAGGCUGGAAGAACAGAAUAAAUUGUUUGCUGUUCGCAAGCUUUGUCUUGUCUUGGAUCUGGAUCAUACUCUCCUUAAUUCAGCUAAGUUUGUUGAAGUUGAUCCACAGCAUGAUGAGAUGCUGAGAAAGAAAGAGGAACAGGAUCGCGAAAAACCCCAUAGGCAUCUAUUUCGGUUUCCUCAUAUGGGAAUGUGGACCAAGUUGCGGCCUGGGGUAUGGAAUUUCUUGGAAAAGGCAAGUAAACUCUACGAGCUGCAUCUCUACACCAUGGGAAACAAGUAUUAUGCAACGGAGAUGGCAAAACUGCUUGAUCCAAAAGGGGAAUUGUUUUCUGGACGAGUUAUCUCACGGGGUGAUGAUGGGGAACCAUUUGACAGUGAUGAUAGGGCUCCCAAGAGUAAAGACUUGGAGGGUGUUUUGGGUAUGGAAUCAGGUGUUGUAAUUAUAGAUGAUUCUAUACGAGUCUGGCCACAUAACAAACUAAACUUGAUAGUUGUGGAACGGUAUAUAUAUUUUCCAUGUAGUAGACGGCAAUUUGGACUACCAGGUCCUUCCCUUCUUGAGAUUGAUCACGAUGAGAGACCAGAAGAUGGGACUUUGGCUUCUUGUUCGACGGUUAUUGAAAGAAUACAUGAAAACUUUUUUGGGCAUGAGUCACUAAAUGAAGCUGAUGUUAGAAACAUUUUAGCUUCUGAACAACGGAAGAUUCUAGCUGGUUGCCGUAUUGUCUUCAGCAGAGUAUUUCCAGUUGGUGAAGCGAAGCCUCACAUGCAUCCACUGUGGCAGACAGCUGAGCAGUUUGGUGCUGUCUGCAUUAAUCAGAUAGAUGAGCAUGUGACACAUGUAGUCGCAAAUUCACUUGGGACAGAUAAGGUGAAUUGGGCCCUCUCGACAGGAAAAUUUGUUGUGCAUCCUGGCUGGGUGGAAGCAUCAGCUUUGCUUUACCGAAGAGCUAACGAGCACGAUUUUGCCAUUAAACAACAAUAAACUUAACACCAUUUCUUCGAUUUGAUAAAAACUGCCCCCAAUUAUAAAAUCUUCCAAUGUGCUUGAAUUGGGAAAAGGGGACUAUAAAAUUGGAAUUGGGAAACCAGUCUUGAAAAUUGCGAAACUGUCUUGAAACUGUCUUAUAAAAUCUUCCCGUUGCUUGAAAGUGUCUUGUAAAUGGAGGGUGAGUGCUAAGUUGUCUGAAGCUCUUGGGCCAUGUGAUUUGCCAAUAUCCUCGAUCAGUGCUACCAAUCCUGGACUUAUAAAUAGAGUUUUGGAAUUCAAACCUAACUAAAUUUAGGAUUGUUGAUCCAUCUGAGGUGAAACUGACCAAAUGGGUAAAAAAAUGUGGAACAAAAGCAUAUGAAUGAUUGACAAGUGUGCCCAGAGUUGAAAGAGUUAAAACAAUGAAGAGAUCCUCAACAUGGGAAGUUGCUAUAUGAAAAUCAUUCCCCUACAGGAGAAAACAAAAUGGUUUUAUUUAAGCACUAUUUACUUAUUUAUUGUUUGGUGAUUCUCUUGUAAAAGUAUGCUGACGAAUUGACUGUCAAAAUUGUUGUGUAUACGACGAAUUGACUGUCAAAAUCUUUUGGGUUGGUAGCGAAUGCCAGAUUACGUUCUUGGAUU